GACACUCAGUUCGCUCACCAAUGCCAUGGGGGAGAUACCCAGGGAGAUCCGAUACCUCACAGCCCUCACUGCACUUUGAGUCAGCUGCAUACGGUGAUUUGUCGUUCCUGCGGGCCUUGGAAUUCCCUGCCUGGGUGACUCACCUCUACAACCUUCAGUAUCUCAAUGUGAAUGGGGAUGAGCCGCGGCGGCAGGGGCUGUUGUCUGAUGACAUCUCGCACCUCACCGCACUCACCAGCCUAUCUCUCUUUGGAAACAACCUGGAGGGAUACGUGCCUAAGAGCUUCUCAUCUUUCCUGAACCUGCAAUACCUGUGA